AUGGUUAAUCUGCUUGACCCUAAAAAGGUUUACUUUGAUUCAAGACUGAUUGCUCUAACUAAUUGCCCUAAAAAGCAUCACAAAACCCUUGAUGUGGUACUUGUUCAAGAAACUGUUGUUCUAAUUCCUGAUGAUACAGAAAGAGUGUGGGGGAAGAAGGACAAGGAGAAUCUUAUUUUGAUGGAAAUAUAUCAUUUUUUUGCUUCAAGUUGUAAAGAAUUAAGAUGCAGAGGGAUUGCACUUACUGUUUAUGGAAAGGAGGAGGAAGCGGAUACUUUGAUUGAGCAAAUUUGUAAAAUGUUUUUUUUCCUACAGAUUGCAGAAGGGGAGACUUCAGAAGUUGAUGCGAAAUACCGAGCAUUAGUGGCUAUUGGAUCACUACCAUCUUCUGCUAGUAGGCGGCUUGUAAUUUCAAGUUAUGGAGUCUGGGAUGCUCUUUCCGGUGGACAGCAGCCCAGUACAGUACACCAGGUCAUGACAAACUAA